GGCGCGGGGAGGGCAGCGCGGCGAGAGCGGGAGCCGCUCUCCAGGGAAGGUUGCCAGAGGGCGUGGGGGAGCCGUUGCGCUGAGCGGCGCGUGACGGCAAGGCCUGCUGGGCGAGUGGGUUGGGGACUCCGGCUGUUCCUCUCGGAGGGAAGCUGUAGCGGUGGGAACAGCAAGGGAGCAACGGCGUGGCGGGAGGACUAGCCAUGGACCAGCGGAAAUUGAGUGAGCUGCGGACCUUCGUGAAACUCUGCAAGGAGAACUCCGCCGUCUUGCACGCCGAGGAGCUGCGCUUCUUCCGCGAGUGGAUAGAGAGCAUGGGAGGUACAAUACCACCGGCUCCAUGCAAUACGUCAACAGAAGCCACUCAUGAGCCAAAAGCAGAAGAAAAGAAGGCAGAAGAACCACCAAAACCACCUGAGCCUGAGAGUGAAGAAAGUGAUUUGGAAAUUGAUAAUGAAGGAGUGAUUGAACCAGACAGUGAUGAACCUCAGGCAAUGGGAGAUGAAAGUGUUGAGGUUACAGAAGAGAUGAUGGACCAGGCCAGUGAAAAGAAGAUGGAAGCUAUUAAUGCAUUAAGUGAAGGUGAACUUCCGAAAGCCAUUGAUCUGUUCACAGAAGCCAUCAAAUUGAAUCCUCAUUUGGCUAUACUGUAUGCCAAAAGAGCCAGUGUUUUUGUGAAAAUGCAGAAGCCAAAUGCUGCCAUUAGGGACUGUGAUAGAGCCAUUCAGAUUAAUCCCGAUUCAGCACAGACCUACAAGUGGCGAGGAAAAGCUCACAGGCUGCUGGGUCACUGGGAAGAGGCUGCUCAUGAUCUAGCUUUGGCCUGUAAACUGGAUUAUGAUGAAGAAGCUAGUGCCAUGCUUAAGGAAGUGCAGCCACGUGCUCAGAAGAUUGCAGAACAUAGAAGAAAAUAUGAACGAAAACGUGAAGAAAAAGAAAUUAGAGAAAGAAUGGAAAGAGUAAAAAAAGCCCGAGAGGAACAUGAGAGAGCUCAAAGGGAGGAAGAGGCUCGUCGGCAGACAGGAGGACCUCAGUUUGGUGGUUUCCCAGGUGGUUUCCCUGGUGGCAUGCCUGGAAUGGGAAGCAUGCCUGGUCUCAAUGAAAUUCUUAGUGACCCUGAAGUUCUCGCAGCCAUGCAGGACCCAGAAGUCAUGGCAGCUUUCCAAGAUGUUGCCCAGAAUCCAGCAAAUAUGUCAAAAUACCAGAAUAACCCAAAAGUCAUGAAUCUCAUUGGCAAAUUGUCAUCCAAAUUUGGAAGUCAACCAUAAAAUUUCUUUUCAUUGCAAAACAUGGGGGAAGUAUUGAUCGCUUAUUGUAUCUGACAAUAACACAAGCCAUUGUAUUGCUAAUUCUCAAAUGAGAAUUAGGGUGCUCUGGAUAGACUCCAUCUUCCUCUUUGUUUCAGAAAUGAAUAUUAGUUCACAACUGUAUCCAAGGUUCAUAAAAAUCAAUACCCCCCCCCUUUCUACCAUGCCCAUAAUUUUCUUACUGAAAAUGCAGUUUGUUUUUAAAUUGUAUAAUUGUUACCUUUCAGUAGAUUGAUCCAAAAGAUGAGGUUUGGAGUGGAGGAAUGAUGGUUCUGUUUAUGAUGGUUUGGAUAAUUGGACUGUUUAAGUUCUAACAUAAAGAAAUGAAGCUCGCCGUUUUUAUUUUAAUUGGAAGAAAUAGUACAGCAUUCAUUUUCAAUUCUUAAAUUCACAAGGAUUACUUAAACUGUUGAAAUCAAACUCUUCAUGGAUCAUAUCCUUGCAGUGGAAGGAAACAUCCUUAAUGUUGCAUGCUUUGGCUUUAAAUAUAUUGGUACAAAUGAUACUGAGGCUGGAAACUCUACAAUCAGUGUUGAGCAGAUUAACAUGCUACUCAUCUAUGUCACAGUGAGCAAAUGUUUUACUGACACCAGUAAGCUGAUUACCUGAAUGAUUGGGAGCCUUUUUGUUAUUUGUACUGAUUCACUAUUGAACAUGACUAAUUUCUUAGUUUUGAGGGAGGGAAGCAAAGUGGUUCCCAUUACUGUGUAACAUCCAUUAUACAAUUCAGAAUGUAGGUAAAAGAUAUAACUGAUAAAUGGUAAUGCCCUAGAUACUAAGUUAGAAAGGUAUAUACACCAGUUGUCUCUCUAAUGUCACGUUGUCAUAUUAAUACAUAUGGGACAUAAGGAAGAGAGGGAAAAAAGCUAUUCGUUGAAAACUUUGCUAUGAAAUAUUUACUGAUAGCUAGCACAAUUAAAUCUGGUAUUGGUCUAUACCUUUUUAAUUUUCUGCUCAAUGUUGGAGGGCCUGUUCUAAUUAGGUUUUGUUUUUUUCUAGGGCUUUUGAAUGUUCCCUGUUCUGUGCUCUUGUAAUUUUGUCUGAAUCUAUAAGUGAUGUAUGUUUUCUCAUUUUAAUUAAACCUCAACUGGUUUAGAAACUCAAUAUAUUCUUAGAAUAAAAUCCAUAUAGUAAUUGUCAAAUGAAAGGAGAUAUGAAUUCAUUUUUGCUUUAAAAAUAGUUAUGAAAAUACUUCUAGUUGCCUUUAAAAUAAUAAAGACUGGUUUUGAAGAAUC